CACACAGGUAAGAUCUAUACCGAGAAGUCUACGUCCACCGGUUGAUUAUAUCGUCUGAUUGAUCGUUUGGGACCGUGUGAACUUUAACCCCUGGCUAAUAUUUUAGAGGAUUCAUAACGAUCAUGUAAGUUUAACGUAUGUAUAUGACUGAACGUUAUGGCGAUAGAUACAUGAAUACUAGGCGUGAUAUGAUCAAAUGCAUUGUUCCUCUAUUGCGAUAUAAAUUUUUGAAACGUAUCGAAGCAUAGCUGGCUUUUCACUGUGGUAGCUGAGAUGUGUUUGAGGGUCAGAAGACGAUUAGAACGUUUUUGUUCGCGUUAGCCUUCAGUGUUCAAAUAUCUCCAACAGGCUAUACAGGUGGUUAGAGACUAGAAUUCAAAAGGUGUUACACGAUAUGUAAUUACCUGUAGUGAAGGGAUACCUUUGAAUACAACGAGACAUAGACUAAUGUAUAAUGUAAUGGAUAACUUUAUGUAUUACGCAUAAAUCAGGAUUAUCGAUAAAGCGGUCAAAAUGUCAUCUCCGAACAAGGGUCCCAAUGUGCUGAGUAGACAGGAGAGUGUUGCUGUAACCAAUACGGAUAGUCCUGUUACAGCUUUUGGAAAUGACAAAGAUGAUGACACCUAUAGUGUUUCUGAGAUUACCUCGGUUGAUGAAAAACAAAACGAUAAAGGCAAGAAAUCACAACCGACGAAUUUUGCAAAUGCCACGUUUUCCAAAGCACCACCAGAACUUAAGAGGAAGUCUUUUCUUGGAUCAACUGGAGAAUAUAAUGAAAAUGGUAAAGGAGGCGAUGGUGACGAUAUUUCCAAUGGAACCGAGAGUACGAUAUCAGAAGUCAGUGCUGUAAAUGAUGAUAUACCGUCAAGUUUUGCCGUAUAUGCCAAGACCCUAUUUUACUGUAAAACGACCCACGUGUAUUCCUGUUCACCCUUGCCCCAACCUUUAUUAGAAAAGCCGGACAAGGCUGAUUAUCUGGCAUCUUUGGCAGCAUGGGUAACAAUUUUACGAAUUAUGGGCGAUCUUCCAGAGAGAUUGUCAGAAAGCGAUAUAACUAUACAGGGGGAGGAACCAUCUGUGGUUUCUAAGGUGAAGGGUUCGUACAAGAUUAGAUAUACCAAGAAGGAGAUCGACGAUGCCCAGAAAAAAUAUUCAGAACUCUUUCGAGAUCCCAUGGGCACUGGUUUGAAUGGAAUUCCGUUUUUAUAUGAUGGUAAAGAAACCAUGUUGGAGAAAGUACAGUUUAUCUGUGCUUUAGGUAUAUACAGAACAGAUUUAAGGGAUGAAUUGUAUUGUCAGCUAUGUAAGCAACUGUCCAAUAAUCCGUCUAAAAAUAGUACAAUCCGGGGUUGGGUCCUAAUGCAGUUGCUGGCUGGAAGUUUUAUGCCCACUGAAAAGUUUGCAGCCUGUUUACGUGGAUUUUUAAGAGAAGGACCACGAGAGUUGGCCCAUAAAGUUGAUCGUGUAUUACGUCGAACGUGCUGUGUUGGUACAAGAGGUUUCCCGCCAAGUUGGUUGGAAUUCCAGGCAGCAAAGAAUGGUAAACCUAUUCUAUUACCAGUAACGUAUAUGAAUGGUCAUCGUUCUCUAGUAGAAGUAGAUGCUGCUUCAACAACGAAAGAAGUAUGCCGUCAAUUGGGUCAGGUGCAUAAUAUUCAAAAUGACGACGGUUUCUCUGUGUAUAUAUCGCUAUAUAAUAAGAUAUCCUGUCUUGGUAAUGGUCAUAUAAGAAUCAUGGAUGCUAUAUCUGAAUGUGAACAACACACACGAGGAAUUGGCAUGAGAGAAAGUAACUCGGGAUGGAGAUUAUUCUAUAGAAAAGAGGUGUUUAGUCCGUGGCAUGAUUCAAAAAACGAUACCGAGGAAACAAAUCUGAUUUAUGAACAAAUUAUGCGAGGAAUUACUUUGGGAGAAUACCAGUGUGAAAAGGAAAAUGUAUUAGUACUGUUAGCAGCUCAAAAAUAUUAUCUGGAAUAUUCCGUGGAAGUCGAUGACCACAAAUUAGAGAUGAUGCUUCGAAAUUGGAUGCCUCAGGAUAAGAAAAAUGAAAUGAGUAUGGACUUGUGGAAGGAGAAAGUCAAGGCUUCUAUUAAAAAUAACUUUGAGGAUAAAAAGCCGGAGUGCGAGUCUCUGAAGAUCGACAUUGUUACUUUUGCUAUGGACAAAUGGUUCCUGUUGUAUUCCCGUUAUUACGACGCUUCUAAGUUCGUAGAUGGUAAUACAACUUUAACUGAUAUUGUGGUAGCUGUCAAUAGUAAAGGUGUUCAUGUGCUGGAUACCACCGAGACGAUUCGUACCCAUAUAGCGUAUAUAGAGAUAACCUGUCUUUCAAAAUGGAGACAUGCUGUUACUAUAUCGACGGUAAAAGGUGACAGCUAUGUUAUGACAUCAAUGCACGCAGAUGAUAUGUUUUCUUUAUUGAGUGAAUUUGUGGAUGGUUUGAGAGAUAGAUCUAAAUAUGCUCUAGUUCUACAAGAUACAGCACAAUAUGGAUCACUAGAUAUGAGUUUAGUAAAGGGUGAUCUGGUUGUGUUAGAUAAACCGAAUAAAGAAUAUGAAGGAUGUGACGUAUUUAGUGUGAAUUGUCCCAGGACUAGUAAAUCUGGUAUGUUACCUAGAGAUAUAUUAUAUAUACUACCUACUACAGAAGAACCCAAAUCUAAUACCCUGGCUAUGCUGACAACUCAACUCAAGAAAGAUGUCAACCAAUUUGUAACAACCGAAGAUUCCAAACAGCAUACACUGGCCUUGUUUGCUCGUUAUCAUUUUAGACAGGGUACUGAAAGUACUGUCAGUAAACUCUUAUCUAAAGCAUCUUUUAAGAAAGAUAAGAAUGGAGCUAUCUGGGCAUAUAGUCGAGAUCCUAUAAAGAAACCCCUUCUUAAAAAAUCUACUGACCGAAACGACAUCAGAAUAUUUGCAAUUAGAUCCUUCCUAGCUCUUCAACAAUUUAUGGGAGACUCUGUAAUACCAGAUAACAGAACAACAGUAGAAGUGGCUAACGAAUACAUCAUGGAACAGGUCGCACGAAAUAGAUACCUCCGGGAAGAAAUAUUCUGUCAGAUUAUGAAACAGCUAACAAAUAACCCUAACAAAAUAAGCUGUGAUAAAGGUUGGCAGUUGUUUUAUUUUGUGUGUGGUUCAACUCUACCCAGCUAUGAGAUGCAACAAGAAUGUAUCAAGUUUUUACGAACCAGUAAACAUUAUAUGGCAAAACAUUGUUUACACAGGCUACGGAUGGCUAAACGGAAGGGUUGUCGAUUGUUCCCACCACAUCCAAUAGAAUAUGAAGCUCUGUCCAAAUCUCAGUUUUCAACCCCUGUUGAUAUUUUUAUGCCGGAUGGUUCAAAACAGACAAUAGCGGUAUCUGCUGAUACGAAGAUAAUUGACAUCAAAAAACAUAUUGGUGUUAAAUUAAAACUGAAAUCAAUUGAAGAAUUUGCUCUCUUUGUGACGGCAUCUCAUGGCAUUUAUUCGCUAUCAUCUCGAGAUUAUUAUUACGACUGUUUGUCACAUUAUGAAACAUUUAUAGUUAAACCACGACCUGAUAAACCGAUUUCCAAGAACGGUUUAUGCAUUGUGAUGUUAAGGAAAUUAUGGGUUCAUUCAGAUGCUGGCGUUGAUAAAACUGCUGACAUUCACUUUCAUUACCCACAGGAAAUUCAAAAUUACCUGCAAGGCUUUCAAAAAUGUACAGACGCAGUAGCCAUAGAACUUUCAGCUUUAGCCUAUCGUGCAAACUACGGAGAUGACGCAGCCGGAUUCAACAAAUUUGGCCAUCUAGCUGGAUCAAUCCUACCAAGACCUCUGUUAAGUUCGAGUGGUGCCGAUCAUUGGUCUCAGCACGUGCUGUCGGAAUACCGGAAAUCUAACGGAAUAUCGGCAGAUGACGCAAAAAUUAAAUUCCUUAAAAUUGUACAGAAAUGGCCAACGUAUGGUUCUGUUUUCUUUGAGGUUAAGCAACGAAGUUCGAAGACAUUACCAAAAGAAAUGUUAUUUGCUGUCAAUGGCAAAGGUGUCCAUUUAAUUAAUAAAAAUUCGAGGGAACUUAUUGUCACUCAUGAUUUUACUAAAGUUCCAAAUUGGGCGUAUGAUGAUAAAUCAUUUACACUGAUACUACUAGAUGGAGCAAAUACCAAACAUGUCUUACUGGAAACACGAAACGGCCACAAUAUAGACGACAUUGUGAUGACGUAUAUCAGUUAUAUCAUGAAUAUUCAAAUGAAGAAAAAAUCAGGCUUUAUUGCUUCUUCAGGAGAAAGCCUGUGUUAAUCAAAGAAGCUACACUACACCGUACUAGUAGUUAGUAUCAAUGAGAUCACGGAACUAAAUCCAAUAAGGUACCAAUGACAAUCAAGAAAUUAAGUCAAAUCCAGUUGAUGUUUGUUUACUUUAUGAUAUUUAGUAUAGAUUAUAAAACAGCAGUAACGUCGAAGAUAUUUCCAUUACAGUGAUAACACUCCAUAACUAUUGGUCAUGUGACACUUGAUUUGUUUAAUUCACCGAACUACUGUGCCCGGAGAGGGCAUUAAGCCGCACAAACAAACGACGAAUUAAACAACUAGUGAAGAUGUAUGACCAAUCAUGGCUUGUUAAUACUACUUUUUCGGGUGCAGAGCUUAACGUCCAUCGCGUGGUACUAUUUCAAGUUUUAGCGGAAACAAUAAAGGAGAAUAACACGGUUAAAUUCUGUUAGGAAGAACCUGAAACGAGCAGCCAUAAAAAUUCGAAAUAUAAGCGGUUCGAGUUAUGGUAUCAAUCAUGAAGAGCGUGGCCACCUUGAUUUUCUGUAUGAAACAUAAUUCUAACAAAUCAAAAUACAUUCCUGGUGUUUCAUGUAACUCAGUAGAAAUAAGAAUAUAUGAAAAUUCUUAUGAGAGGCCUUGCUUUGACUAAAUCACAAUUCACCACAGAACUUAAAAUUCGUGAUGUGAGGUACAUGAUACGACAUACAACAUAAUUCUAGCUGUGUUAAUCGCCUCGUUCCUUACUAAGAAAAUGACAUUUUUAUAGAAUUGCUUGCAAUCAAAUCAAAAAGGAUAAUGUGUAAACAAUGUUCCCUCUUAUUGUUUGUACUCAGUGUGCGCAAAAUCUUAUAGUGUGCAGAUUUUAUUUCUGUGACAACAGAACAGUGUGUGCACAAGGUAUUUGUACAUUGCAGUCUCGAUCAUUGGUAAACUUGAAUUUGUUUCAAGAUAAUUUUGGCACAAUCUACUAUCUCUCGCGCCUAAUAAAACUGUAAUGCCAAAUAAAAACAGGUGUCAUGUUGAACCAGAUCAUCGAACAACAAUUGUGUGCUAAAAUUAAUUUCCUGUGUGCGGUUGUCGAAAAACGCACAUGUUUGGUAAUCAGUGUGUGUAAAUAUUAUUAAUCAAUUCAUUAAUAAGAUGAUAUAAUCAAAAGGCAUAUUAUACCUUACAGUUCACUAUUGUAGGUCAUCGAUGUUGCAAUAAUAUUUAUUAACAAAUUUAUUUAGUAUUUUAGAAAUAUAUAUGGCUUUUAUAUAGCGCAACAUUUCAAACUAAAGUUUAUUCUGUCUGCACUUAAUAAAAACUCAUACCCUAAUAGCAAAUCGUUGCUAAGCGCAAUAACUGCACAAAUAGAGCUAACUCUAUGGUAUACCAUCUUGCAGUGUGGCAAUACUCCGUUUCACAUUGGUCACACACACACAGACUAAUUAAUCCUUUUCAAUUUCAUUAAAUGGAAAUGAAAUAGGUACUUACUGUAUACAGGUCGCGUAAAUUUAGUUUGCUAAAACAGGUGUCUGCUGCGUUUGGUUGUUUUUGUUCAACAAAAUCCGGGAAUUUACCCGAAACGAUAUAUGAAAUAUAACGUCUAUAUACUGUUAUUAACAAAUAUUUAAACACUAUAUAUUAUACAUUUCCUUAUAUAUUUAUUAUUGUAUAUACCAUCCCAUACUUCCUUCUUUUGUUUAUUUGCAUGAUCCUAGACCAGUGGUUAUCUACCUUCUUUUGCCAACAGCACACCCUGGAACACAAUUAUGAUAAAAUAGCGGCACACCUGGUUAAAUAUAUAUGAAAAAUAUUUGAAUUUUGUAAAAUGAAAACAGGGCAAGUCAUCAUAUUAUAGUCGAUCUAAGUCAUGUUCUUUUUAGACUAGACAUUAAAACAUGUUCAUUUCAACAUUAAGUUGUGGCUAUGUUUGUCGGAUAUUCGUCUUUUAAUUCAUAUUUCUGCAAAGGAGUCGAAGAUAUUAAUAUCAUGGUAAGUUCUUUGGAAUAUUUUAAAAGAAAUGGUUAUAAAAUGUAGUAAUAUAGCGGUUUAAAAUGUAUCUCCCAAAGAAAGCCACCUGCUAAAAUGAUAAAGUAACGUAUACACUGUAUACAAGUUCAUAUAACAUAGUAAGCUAUGAAUCUCAUCCAUAAUUUACAAUAAAUAUUGAACACCCA